UUUUGGCAGUUUGAAAGAUACAUGUAUUUAGUUAGAUUUCUCUCCAUAAGAAUAGUAAGGCCUUUGCGCAGGAUUAUUUUUUGAAGUGAGGAUCAAGUAAUUUCUUCCUGGACCUAUGAUUCAACAGAGUUCCUUCAGUCAACGAACUAGUGAAUGAAAUGAGUCAUUCAACGUUGCUAUGUGGGAGCCUAAUGCUUCACGUCAAUGAAAAGACACAUCCGGAGAAAAAGACGUCAUCCAAAGGUUGCCUUCCAUCCUUGAGUUUCUCAAAGCUCUGUCUGGCCUCAAAUGACACAGUUUCAUCAAUUGUUCUAUGACGUUUUCACAACCAAACUAUGAUUAUUAAAUAAAAUGCUAUGUGGUUUUGAAAAGCCCUUUUAAUGCUUCAUAUUGAUUUACGGCGUUUUUUUUUCUUACCAGCCAACUGUAAACAGACAGGUCUUUUUCCGGCCCAGAUUUGUCUUCAACUCUUGUUAAUGAGAUAAACGUCUUAUGCAUUUGCAGGUAAUCCUAUUUCAAGACCAGCAAAGUCACCAGUUGAACCGUCACUAAGUCCAGACAGAGGAGGAGUGUAGACAAAGAGAGCAGACAGCGAUUCGUCAGCUGGACAUGGUGCAUCUACAGAUAUAACCAACAUCGGAACUGAACAGGUCAAAACUUAUCACAGGCUGACUUUGCCUUAAAGCCAGACAGAGAACUCCUGUAAAAAUCUACACACCCUCUAACGUCCAACACACAUACUCUAGAAAUGGAUUCCCUCAUGUCGCUUGGUGCUCCUCUGAAGCAGUUUACCAGCUAUGUGUCUGGCACAAAAAACACCAAAAAGAGAGGGGGCAAGGGGAGUCAGUCCGUCCGAAGGUUGAGCAUCACUCGCAGGAAGAGCGUCAGCAGGAGGAGAAGCCUUCCAUGCAACAGCCAGAAGGUCCCAGACUCCUGGCUCAGGGUGUACCAAGAAGAACUGAAGAAGGAGAGGAAACGUCAGCAGGCCAUGCUGGCUAAGAAAAACGCUGAAAGAAAUGUGCGGAAAACUCACUUCAGGAGUCACCACUGCCUUCCAAGGCAAACCACUGCUGCCAGAAAACCUCCACCCAGAAAGGAAGACUCCAUCUUUGGAGCCUUCCAGGGCCUCAGUCUGGACGGUCUGACAGGAGGCGCUGCUGGACCUCCUACAGGAGGUGGAGGAGAUCAGUGCAAGGUUAUGUGAGGUGCGACAGUUGAAGGUUCGGGGGAAGGAUCUACAACAGGAGAACUGCUGCGGAUAUAUCCGUUUAAAGUGACCGAUUUCUGUUUUGUGAUAAAAGCAGGAAUGCUUUAUUUGUGUAGCAUUCAGCUUAUGCCAUGUUUGUACACUUGAAAAGUCUGUGGACUGUAUUCAUGCAUUUGCCAAUCCAGCACAUCUUUGUAAUCAUUUUAGCAAAAAUCUUUUUUUUUAAUUAACUUAGAUUUACAGCUUGAAAUCCAAAGGAAUGAAUAUGUUUUGUAUUUCUCAUGCUACAUAAAUUGUAAACAAUA